GGCCCCUCCCCUCGGCCAACCGUCGAUUGGGCGCCGUGUGACGUCACGCCGUUUUAGCCAAACAAAUGGGUUUCGGGGCGAGCGUUGGGCUCCGCCGCGCAGCGCUGGGUGCUCGGUUCGCCUCAGCAGUGGGGAGCGAGCCAGGCCUCCCGCCGUCGCCGCCGCAUCGGGCUGGUGCAGCCCCGGGCCAGGCCCCGGCCCGGGCAGGAGCGCAGGGCCUCUGUUAUGCACCUAAAGCCAUACUGGAAACUCCAGAAGAAAGAGUGCCCUCUGGAAGUCAGCAGGGAAACGCUGAGAACUCCUAUGAGCCAGCAAAAGGCUGUAAGUGAUGAAAAAUGCAGAGCUAGCUACAUGAAACCCAGUGUUUUUCCUUCAGUCUCUCUUGGUAAAGCAUCAUCUCAAAAGCCUUUUGGGAUCCUUUCUCCAAAUGUUCUGUGCAGUAUGAGUGGGAAGAGUCCUGCAGAGAACAGCUUGAAUGUUAAAACCAAAAAGAAUGCACCAUCUGCAACAAUCCACCAGGGCGAAGAAGAAGGACCACUUGAUAUCUGGGCUGUUGUGAAACCUGGAAAUACCAAGGAGAAAAUUGCAUUCUUUGCAGCCCACCAGUGUACCAAUAGGAUAGGAUCUAUGAAAAUAAAAAGCUCCUGGGAUAUUGAUGGGAGAGUUACUAAAAGAAGGAAAAAAUCAGGGGAUCUUAAAAAAGCCAAGAUACAGUUAGAAAGGAUGAGAGACGUCAACAGCAGGUGCUACCAACCCGAGCCUUUUGCGUGUGGCAUCGAGCACUGUUCUGUGCAUUAUGUGAGUGACAGUGGGGAUGGAGUCUAUGCUGGGAGGCCUCUGUCGGUUAUACAGAUGGUUGCCUUCCUUGAGCAAAGAGCUAGUGCUCUACUAGCUAGUUGUGCGAAAAACGUCACAAACUCAUCUGCUGUUGUGAGGUUUUCUGGCCAAUCCAGAGGAGUGCCCCCAGCCUCUGAGCACUUCUCUGCCCCAGGAGCGUGUGAAGAACCCAUAGAAAGAGGAAAUCCUGAAGGUGGUGAAGCACAGGGCGAACCAGUCCGUGUCCUCGACAUGGUAGCCAGGCUGGAGUCUGAGUGCCUGAAGCAGCAGAGCCAGCGUGAGCCUGGGAGCCUCUCGAGGAAUAACAGCUUCCGUCGAAAUGUGGGCAGGGUGUUGCUUGCAAAGAGCACUCAGGCUGAUGAAGGCAAAACAAAAAAAGGCGCCGUGGAGGCACCUGAUGCUCAGGUGAAUCCUGCUGGGUCUGUAUCUGUAGCCUGUGUCCCCUCAAAAACUGACGAUUCUCCUAAAGGGGACAAGGCCUGGGAUGAUGCUUCUCAGGGCUGUCUCUCAUUGCCAUCAGGUGUGAAUUUCCACAUGGACGAUGCAGAAUUAGAGCCAGGUCCACAAACUGCCAUGAAAAAUAGCAACAGGUAUGAUGUGGAAAUGACAGAUGAACUUGUUAGGUUACCUUUUUCUUCUCACGCCUGUCCCCAAGCCACUGAAUUGCCCACAGAUGCUGUUGAUGGUAUGAGUAGAGAGCUUGUGCCACUUACAAGCCACACUCCUGAUCAGAGAAGAAAAGUAUCUUUGUGCAUUAGUAUCACUGUGUCCAAGGUGGAGAAAGACCAGCCUUCUAGUUUAAACUCCUGUGAAGACCCACUUCCAGGGAUGUUGUUUUUUUUGCCUCCUGGUCAGCACCCAUCAGACUGUUCCCAGCUGAACGAAAGCACAACAAAAGAGUCCUCAGAGCCGAGCCGGCGUGAUGCUGCUGCUGAGGGUGACAGCGCAUCUGGGGAGAAAAGUGGUUCCGCUGAGCCAUUUGUAGCACCAACUACUUCUGUGCAAAGUACAUUACCGGCACUUGAGGCAUCCAGUUGGAAGAAGCAGGUGUCUCAUGAUUUUCUGGAGACCAGGUUUAAAAUCCAGCAGCUUUUGGAGCCUCAGCAGUACAUGGUUUUUCUGCCCCACCACAUUAUGGUAAAAAUCUUCAGGUUACUUCCCACUAAGAGUUUAGUGGCUCUUAAAUGUACCUGCUGCUAUUUCAAGUUUAUUAUUGAAUACUACAAUAUCAGGCCAGCAGAUUCUCGCUGGGUUCGAGAUCCACGCUAUAGAGAGGAUCCUUGCAAGCAGUGCAAGAAAAAGUAUGUGAAAGGGGAUGUGUCCCUGUGCCGGUGGCACCCCAAGCCCUACUGCCAAGCGUUGCCGUAUGGGCCAGGGUACUGGAUGUGCUGCCAUCGGUCUCAGAAAGGCUUCCCCGGCUGUCAGCUGGGGCUUCACGACAAUCACUGGGUUCCUGCCUUCCACAGCUUUAAUCGGGCAAUCCAUAAGAAAGCGAAAGGGACUGAAACUGAGGAGGAAUACUAAAGUCCAUGUGAGAGCCAACAAAAGGACCCAUUUUUAAAGCCACAAAACACCAUUCAAGUGAGUGUUGCCUCGAGAGUUAUCACUCUAGGAGAAUCUGUACUUCAUCAGGACGGCCACUGCUCAGGCAUUUUUAAAACUCUUAAUUUACGAGCUGUACAGGAAAAUUGGUCUCAGUGUUUUUAUGCUGGCAUCUCGCAUUGGAUCCGGGGUAGUAUCCCACAGUUUGAUUCACUUGGCUGUUUUCCUAAAUCAAAUCCAUCCUCAAAGGAUGAAGACUUGCUGCCAUCAAGAACGUUCAGAAGAGUUCACUGCAGACUCUGCAGGCAGUCCUCAGAAAGAGAUUCUAGAAAUGUUUUGAGCACUGGCACCAUAUUUGAAGUGAAUAGUAUCCUAUGAAAAGAAUAGCAGGACUCUCGGAUGAAAGGUAUUUCUUAAAAAGGAAAAGUCAGGCACCUUACCUUAGACCUUGUAUGCUCGAUCCUGUGAGACUGAUGUUUGUGGUUGGAGAUGGAUUUCAUGCCCUGUGGUGUUUACAGUGUAUAUAAUGGUUGUGUUUUCAUAGGGCUAUGAAAGUGCACAUUAACCCCGAACGCCUUUACCUUUAAGUGAGUGCUUUGGCCCCUCUGUAAAUAACGUGAUUAAAAUCCAGUUGUAUAUAAUGGACAGCUGGCUGAACAACAUAAUCACCACAAUGCAGCUAGGAUAGUGUUGCGGCUAUAAUUGAGUGUUUUUUGAUUGUCUAGCCUCAAAUUUGUAUAUCCUGUAUAAAAUAUAAAUGUUUCCUAAAUAAACUAUGAAUGUUUCCUGUAUAAUAUAUGAAUGUUUCUGAGAAGAAACUCUAAAUAGUUAAAAGGCUAACCUGUUCAAAGGAUACCAAAUAAUGGUCUAACUGGACAACCUGAAAAUUAGCAUAGAGAACAAUCUUUUGUUAUAUUUCUGUGAUCCAUCAAGAUUGAGAGAAUAUUAUAUAGUCAGAUUAUAACAUUCUUGUCUAUUUUAUCCUUUCUGUCUGGUUAAAUUUUUUUUUAAAACUUCAAUAAAAACACGCAUCUUAAAUGA